AUGGAAGCAGAUGUAGAUCGACAGUACUAUCCAUCAACAGCUCCUCCGCCCUAUCCAGGACCACCAGAAAAUCCCAACCAACCAUAUCCACCCAACAAUCCUGGAACAGGAUACUCAACAUACUCCCCAUAUCCUAAUAACCCUCCCGUAACAGUAGUCCAAGGAGCAGCUGUGCAAGUGGUUCCAGGUGUACGGCAUGUAGUGAUUGCAAAUACCAUGAGCCCUAAACCUGCUACGUACACCUGCCCAUCAUGUCACCAGCAAAUUAUCACCAGAGUUGAAUCUAAUCCCACCAUUAGGACUCAUCUUUUUGCCGCAUUGCUAUGUUUAAUCGGGUAA